AUGGACUUCUCACCAGCAAUGUCUAAGAGACAUAGACGUACAAUGACUGGGUUUACCCCCACUCAAAUUAAAAAUAUCGAUGCUGCCAUCCCUGUUAAAUGUAGAAAUAUUUGGGCUAGUCAUGCAACCAAGCCUUUUGAGACCAGCGAUGAGUUGAUUUCAAGAUUCAUCAAUCAUGUUGAGACUACACUUGCCAGAUCCAUGUACAAUUGUGAUGAUUUGGCGGCUUACCAAGCUCUAUCGGCCACAUUGAGGGACAAGCUAAUUUUGAAGUGGAAUAAGACCCAACAGUUAUACACAAUCAAAGAGACAAAACGUUUAUACUACCUAUCAUUAGAGUUUUUGAUGGGUAGAGCUUUAGAUAAUGCCAUGAUCAACUUGGAUACCAAGGAUCUAUGUAAUAAAUCAGUUGACGAAUUGGGGUUCAACUUGGAAGAUAUCAUCCAAGUUGAGCCCGAUGCUGGUUUGGGUAAUGGUGGAUUGGGUAGAUUGGCCGCAUGUUUUGUCGAUUCCUUGUCCACAGGUAACUAUCCUGGCUGGGGUUAUGGUUUAAGAUACAACUAUGGUAUUUUCGCCCAAAGAAUCAUCAAUGGUUACCAAGUUGAAUCUCCGGAUUAUUGGCUCAAAUUUGGUAAUCCUUGGGAGAUCCCAAGACUGGAAAUUCAGAUUCCUGUGGAUUUCUAUGGUUCUGUUUCCACAUACACCGAUGAGAAAACUGGCAAGACAAGGAAGCAAUGGUCUGGUUCCGAGAGAGUUUUGGCUGUUGCGUACGACUUUCCUGUUCCAGGUUAUAAGACCGAGAAUGUCAACAAUUUAAGAAUGUGGUCUGCACAACCAACUAGAGAGUUUGAUUUCCAAAAGUUCAACGAAGGUGAUUAUGAUGAUUCUGUGGCUCAGCAACAACGAGCAGAAGCAAUCACGGCUGUCUUGUAUCCAAAUGAUAAUUUUUAUCAAGGUAAAGAAUUAAGAUUAAAACAACAAUACUUUUGGGUUGCAGCAAGUUUACAUGAUAUUGUUAGAAGAUUUCUGAAAACUGAGAAGCCAUGGAAGGAAUUUUCUAAUUUUGUGGCUAUUCAACUCAAUGAUACACAUCCAACUCUGGCUAUUGUUGAGUUACAAAGAAUUCUGGUUGAUAUUGAAGGUUUAGAAUGGGGCGCUGCAUGGGACAUUGUUACUAAUACUUUUGGUUACACUAAUCACACCGUUAUGCAAGAAGCUUUGGAAAAAUGGCCAGUUGAUUUGUUGGGCAACUUACUACCAAGACACUUGGAGAUUAUCUAUGAUAUCAAUUUAUUCUUUUUGCAACAAGUUGAGAAAAAAUUCCCUAAUGACAGGGAUCUAUUGAGACGUGUGUCGAUAGUGGAAGAGACAAUUCCUAAGAACAUCAGAAUGUCUUAUUUGGCUAUUAUAGGUUCUCACAAAGUCAACGGUGUUGCUGAAUUACACUCUGAAUUAAUCAAGGCUACGAUUUUUAAGGACUUUGUCAAAAUCUAUGGAACUAGUAAAUUCACUAAUGUUACCAAUGGUGUCACCUUUAGAAGGUGGUUAAAGCAGGCAAACCCGGGUUUAUCUUCAUUGAUCGUUAAGAAAUUGGGAUCAGAUGAGUUUUUAAAGACACCAGUGUUAUUGAAGAAAUUAGAAUCUUUUGUUAACGAUCAAGAGUUUUUGAAAGAGUGGGCUGAUGUUAAAUUGAAAAACAAAGUCAGAUUGGCAAAAUUGAUCAAGUCAUUAACCAACAUAGAUGUCAAUCCUGAUACUCUAUUUGAUGUUCAAGUCAAGCGUAUCCAUGAAUACAAGCGUCAACAAAUGAACAUCUUUGGAAUUAUUUGGAGAUACUUGCGCAUUAAAGCUACUCCUGUUGAGGAAAGAGAAUCCAAAUGGUUACCUAAAGUCUGCAUCAUUGGUGGUAAGGCAGCCCCUGGUUAUUAUGCUGCUAAAAAAAUUAUAAAGCUAAUCAACUCAGUGGGAGAUGUUGUGAACAACGAUCCUGAAAUUGGUGAUUUGUUAAAAGUUGUAUUCAUUCCUGACUACAAUGUUUCAAAAGCUGAGAUCAUUUGCCCAGGUUCGGAUAUUUCUGAGCAUAUUUCAACAGCCGGUACAGAAGCAUCUGGUACUUCCAACAUGAAGUUUGUCCUUAACGGUGGUUUGAUCAUUGGUACAGUAGAUGGUGCAAACGUUGAAAUUACUAGAGAAAUUGGAGAGAAUAACAUUUUCUUAUUUGGUAAUUUAUCUGAAGACGUGGAAGACUUACGUUAUGAUCACCAACUAGGCAGAAUCGAUAUUCCAGAGGCUCUCAAUCUCGUCUUUACUGAACUUCAAAAGGGUACUUUCGGUGACUAUAACGAGUACAUUGAAUUAGUAGAUUCUAUUAGGCUACACGGUGAUUAUUAUUUGGUUUCAGAUGAUUUUGAAAGUUACCUUCAAGUACAGAGCACCAUUGAUGAAGAGUUUGCAAACAAAGACGAAUGGACUAAAAAAUCAGUCUUGUCUGUCGCCAACAUGGGAUUCUUCUCCUCGGAUAGAUGUAUUGAAGAGUACGCCGAUAACAUCUGGAAUAUCGAGCCAGUCACGAACUAG